GUCCUCAGAACGUUCGCCGACCCAAGCCGCGGCGCUUCGCACCCCGGAGUGCGGCGAACUUCACCGAACUCAACGACUCUCUGAAGAACGUCUUGUAGUAUGCUAGGGACAAGGGCUACCACCUCCUCUGGCCAGGCCCCAUGCGGGGACGUCCCAACGAGCAGAACUUGGAUAGGUUCUGCGAGUUCCACCGCGAAUGGGAGCAUCACACGGCCGACUGCUAUCAACUCAAGUCAGAAAUCCAGGGGCUAGUGGAUAGGGGGAUGUUGAACGAAUUUGUGAAGAAGGGGGAGGAUAAGGCGCAACGAACCUUCAUGGCGCAGGAGGAGAAGGUGGCGGCGCCUCAAAGGAGCAAUCGCAAGGACGGAACCGCACACGGUGAAAAGGAAGCGCCUAUGGGAGGCGGCGAGUUGCCACCUCCCCCCUUUGAGGUCGAGCCUGAGACCAACCCCGCCCGGGUGAGGCUGACCAUCGAGGCUAUCUCCGGCAUGAUCGAUCUGAGGCAGAAGUUGGAGGAGGGAAGGCGGCUGAAAUCAGCCACCGCCAGCGCGCGCGCAGCCGUGCGGAUCCUCUUCAACGAGGCGCCCGAGGAGGCGUAUCGUGUCCCAUCAGUAGAAGCUUUGGAGAUCAUAUAAAGGUAUUGGUGCUUUAAUGUACAACUUAAAGUUGUACCAUAACAUUAAAUGUAUAAGUUUAGGUUGUACCAUAAAGCAAUUUGUACCUUUAUGUUAUGGUACAACUUUACUACUUGAAGUUGUACCAUCACAUAAAGGUACAAGUUCAAGUUGUACCAUAAAAGAAUUUGUACAAUAAGUAUAGGUACAAUCUGAAGUUGUACUAUAACGUAAACGUACAGUUUUAAGUUGUUCCAUAAAGGCAAAAUUCUAUAGCACCAAUACUAUAUAGCAUUGUAAAAUUUCUCCUCGUGCUAGAUAAAUCCAAGGUAAAAAAUCAAAUUUAUUGGAUAAACAAUCUCAAAAAUUAUUUCUCAAAAUCCCUGCGUAUUUUUUUUGUUUGUUUGUUCUGCUUGAUGAUUCAUGAAAAAAAAAUUUGUUAAGAAAAAGCGUUUAUAAGAAGAUAAUACAAGCAUCUAUCUAUACUAUAUAUUAUGGCAAUUCAAAAAAUAAUUUUUGCCACAUAAGCACUUGGAGGAUCCACAAUUUGCCAAGUUGGACAACUUUUUUACAAAAACAAAAUUAGUUAUUAAUAUAUUUAUGGAUCUACCUCUCUCUUCUUUAAUAUUUUCAUUUCUUUUAUUCAAUUAUUCUUUUUCAUUUAUCCAUUAAUUUUUUUUUGUCUUUAAUAAUAAGUUACAUGUUGAUAAACUUAACCAAACACACAUAAAUAAUAAUUUUUUGUUAAAUAAAUAAAAUAUAAAUAAGAAAACAGAAAGUGACAUAUAUCACAUUUAUUUAAAUAAAAAAAUUUGAUUAACCUUAUGAAAUAAAUUUUCUACUCAUUUUACUUAAAUUCAAUGAUAAGUUACAUUUUGAUAAACAAAUAAACAAACAUACAUAUAAACAAUUAUAUUUUAAUCGAUUAAACCAAAAUAUAUAUGAAAAGAGAGAAAAUAAACAUUUGACAUUCAAUUACCUUUGAAAAUAAACAUAUUUAUCUAGCAAUCAAGUAUCUUUAUCCAAUAAUCUCAACUCUCAAAAUUGGUUGUCAGUUCGUCUAGACUCGAGAAACACGAAUUAAUAUAUGUUGUAUAAGAUAAUAAGUUAAUGCAAAUAAUCAAAUGAAAUAAGACAUUUUAAAUGCACUUAAAAUAUGAGUGUAUUGGAGACACUCUUUAUCAAUUAUUAAUAUAUAUGUGUAAAGUCUUUGAAAAUUACACAUUCAACGAUCAUGUUAUGACCAAAAUCCUCGAUAGUGUGUGUGAGUGCCUUAGAUUGAGAUUCUAAGCCAACAUAUAAACAAUGACCACCGGUUGAGAUUUAGUAUAAACUUCAAGAAUUAACAAUUGAUACAUAUUGUAUAAUAUACUAAAUUUAAGUGUCUGGAUAAAAAAACAAACAUCCAAAAUGAAGAUGAGUCGAUAUUAGAGAAUUUAGUCAUCAUGAGGGCUACGGUGUGUGUCAAGUUUCAAUAUGGAUGAAUAAAUCCAAUAAUGAAGUAUCUUUACUAAGAAUUUCUCACUAAAAAGUCAUAAUUUUUACAAUAUUGGUCGAGAGUUCGUCCAAACUCGAGGAUCAUGAAUGUGUAUUGGAUUUCCAAAGAACCUAAAAUCCCAACCCCUUUUGAGGGCUAAAUACCUCUGAUCACAACCAUAGGUGAUAAAGUAGAAUGAAAAAG